CAGUGGCCCGGCGGAGCGUUCCCCGCACGUAUUUCGGACAACACUCAUCGUGUCGAUCACGCCCCCGCAGAAGAGGACCAUGACUGGCAGCUGAGCACUGCCUCCUCCCGAUCCGCCGCCCCCACAGCACUGAGGCUGGAUGGACCCCCCCCAGCCAUGACUGCCCGAGGGAACCCCCAGCAGCAGCAGCAGGGCAGUGGUGGGGGUGACCAGGAGCCGCCCCCUGCCAGCAAUCAUGAGGAGGUGAGUGUGGGGUCUCAGCCGCAGCAGCAGCUUGCCGAGGAGCCCCCUGCGGAAGAGGCCCCCCCUUUCGUGGUGGUGGAAGAGGAGGAGGAAGAAUUCCCACUGGCGGAGCUGGCGCGCCUCGACGAGAUGAUCAACCGGCCACGCUGGGUGGUGCCUGUGCUACCCAAGGGCGAGCUCGAAGUGCUACUUGAGGCUGCCAUCCGCCUCUGCAGGCAGGGGCGGGACGUGCAGAGUGAGCCAUGCCAGCGGUUCUUCCGUGAGGGCCUCACCAUCUCCUUCACCAAGAUCCUCACCGACGAGGCAGUCAGCGGAUGGAAAUUUGAGAUACACCGCUGCAUCAUGAAGAACUGCGAGCGGCUGGUGGAGCUAUGCGUCACCAAGCUGCACCAGGACUGGUUUCCUCUGCUCGACCUGCUCGCCAUGGUGCUGAACCCACACAACAAGUUCCACUCGUACAAUGGAACACGGCCCUCGGAUUCAGUGCCUCCGGGAUCUCAGAUUCCAGAUGACCAAGUGUUUGCCCGUCCUGUUGACACCAGGACGCCCAAGGGUUGGGUGGUGGACCUGAUCAACCGCUUUGGCAACCUGGGGGGCUUCACCAUCCUGCUGGAACGGUUCCGCUCGGGACCCCCACUGUCCGUGGCUGUCAUAGCUGCACUCAUCCGGCCGUUUGGGCUGUGCCACAGCCUGCUGACAGUACCCACAGUGGAGCGGUACCUGAUGCCCAUCGUGUCACUGGUGCCCGCCUUCCUGGAGCGCCUGUCGGACGAGGAGCUCAAGCGCGAAGCCAAGAACGAGAGCAAGAAUGAUGCCCUGGCGGCCAUUGUACGUGCCUUGCGCUCUCUUGCCGCCAUGGUGCCCCACCAGGAAGAGACUGUGCGCGCGCUCGAGAUGUUCCGCCUGCGCAUGAUCCUCAGGUGGUGGAAGGUGCUUUUCGUUCUGGAAGACCUCUCGCCCUUCUCACUGGAGCUCCGCUUGGGUCGCCGCAUACCACCUACUGCCAUGUCUGCUCAAGACAAUCUGAGCACGUCCACUACUACCACCCCAGCACAGCCUUCGCAAUCUGUCGUGGCUAUCCACAACCGCCACCAUGACCCACCAGUCUUCGCUAGUCUGCGGGGAGAUGACGUUGAGGAAUGGCUCCAGAACUACAACCUGGGCCUGACGUCCGACCCAGUACUGUGCCACUUCGACCAAAGUGCAGCUACUAUCAUCCACACUGACACCAGCAGUCAUGGCCUCGGUGCUGUUCUCCUGCAACGUGACACCACCUUGCGCAAACGAGUCGUUGCUUACGCCUGUCGGGCGCUGACUGCUGCCGAGAAAAAUUAUACCAUCACCGAACAAGAGUGCCUUGUUGUAACAAGAGUGCAAAAGUCUCGGCCAUACCUCUACGGCCGCCACGUUACAGUCGUCACCGACCAUAAAGCACUGUGCUGGCUAUAG